AUGUUGUCAAGAGAAGAAAGAGAGGCCUUGCAGAAAGUCGAGGAGUGGAUGGCAAAAUCGCAGGCGCCUGAGGAGGUUGAGGAUGAAACAGAAACCAAGCCUCGCUCGAGGCUGAGGCGAAGCAUGUCUGUAGAUAAAACUAGCGAACUAGUUAACAACGAUGAGACUCUGGCUAGGAGGCAGAAGUUGCGCAACAAGCUGAACUCUAUGGGAGGAAGCUUCAACAGCAAGAUGGGAGGAAGCUUCAACAGCAAGAGAGGCUCUCUGAACAUGUCAAGAUCACCCAUGGCAGGAAUCAUUGAGCGCACUCAGAGUCAUUCAACCAACCGUGAGGAUACGGGGAGAGGUCUCACGGGAGGCUACAAGUCUCAGCAGAACCAUGAUGUAUCCUCUCCUCUUGAGAGAUUUACGGCCGGGCUCAUUGGCACAGCGCUGGAUUGGACCAACACGAACUCUCCAAAGAGCGAAGGGAUGUCGAGAAGCAACAGCAUCCAAGACGGACUUACAGGGCUGUUCUCGUUCUUCACCAACCCGAAGGAGAGCAAUGAAGCUUCCGAUUCUAAUGCGAAUGCACAACAAGGAAAUACCAGCGACUCCAGUGAACCAGAGCAAUCAGAUCAUUUCGACCCCCCCAACUCUGGUGAUUCUUCCAGAAAUUUUCGCGGUUGGGAGGAGAAGGCCAGAUUGGCGUCUGAGAAGGCGAAGGAGGCGAAGGCUGCUGCUGGUACAGCACGCGACAACUUUGUGAAACGCCGAGCUUCGACAAGCGACUUGAUGUUGCUGGACAGAAGCAUUACGAUGUAA